AUGCCAGGAGAAGGAAAAAGAAGUGCAGAAGUUCAGACCUGUAGCGUAAAGGCACUACUAGAGUCAGUAAGAGAGCAGGCGGAAAAAGGUGUGUGCAGCGGCGUGAGGGCGUGGGAAGGCCCCCUCUGUCAAGCAGAGGCAGCUAUCGCCAGGACUGAGGCAGAAAGGACAGAGAGUUGCAGGGACUCGGGCGUUGGCGCGAGCACCGCGGGGCAGCACCCGCGAGCUGGGACCAGGUGCUGCGCCGCCAGCGCCCGGCUCGGGGCGACGCGGGGACUUCUCUGGCAAGAAGAAGAGCUGCUCGCUCAGCCUGCCGGAGUCACGAUUCACCGCGAGUCCCAAACCCACGUCUCACUAACUACUUUACAGCCACUUUCAUUGAUUUUCUUUAACAAAUAA